UUCACCAGUCCGUUUAGUAGUUUUGGUAGUAGCAACAGCAAUCAGAACUGUCAAAAUACCCCAAUUAACAAUAGCUCACCACAGCAGCAGCAGCAACAGCCACUGUCCUCUGUUACCUCCACUUCUUCACAAAUAUUUCCAAAAGGAGUCAUGUCAGAUAUAGGCACUUUGUCUGCUUCCAAUGAAGCCGGUGGCAGUCAUUCAAAUGCAACAAUAGUCAAAGAGGGCUGGUUACAAAAACGUGGCGAACACAUUAAAACAUGGCGCUCUCGUUACUUUAUAUUACGUAGUGAUGGCACACUCCAUGGCUGGCGUUCCAAACCCAAUGAAAAUGCUCCGCCGGAAAGACCAUUAAAUGACUUUACGAUCAAAGGCUGCCAAAUAAUGACCGUUGAUCGCCCAAGACCUUUUACAUUUAUCAUACGCGGCCUCCAGUGGACCUCGGUGGUUGAACGAACAUUCUCGGUUGACACUGAAAGGGAGAGACAAGAAUGGACCGACGCUAUAAGAACUGUGGCAAGUAGCUUGAGUGAACUGGGCGAAACUGCGAUGUGUACUUCAGAUAAUACAGAUAUGACGGAUGUCGAUAUGGCUUCUAUUGCAGAAAAUGAGUUGUGUGAAAAAUUCUCAGUGCAGGGCACCUCAACACGCAGCAGUGGAGGAGUGAAGAAAGUUACUUUGGAGAAUUUUGAGUUUUUAAAAGUUUUGGGAAAAGGAACGUUUGGUAAAGUGAUUUUGUGCCGUGAAAAGGCAACAGCCAAAUUGUAUGCCAUUAAAAUUCUCAAAAAAGAAGUUAUAAUACAAAAGGACGAAGUAGCCCAUACCAUAACAGAGAGUCGAGUUUUACAAACAACAAAUCAUCCAUUUUUAAUAUCUUUAAAAUAUUCCUUCCAAACCAACGAUCGACUUUGCUUCGUAAUGCAGUAUGUAAAUGGAGGAGAAUUAUUCUUUCAUUUAAGUCGAGAACGUAUUUUCCCCGAGGAGCGAACACGUUUUUACGGUGCCGAGAUAAUAUCGGCUCUGGGCUAUUUACACUCACAAAGCAUUAUUUAUCGUGAUCUAAAACUCGAAAAUCUUUUGCUAGACAAGGAUGGUCACAUUAAAAUAGCAGAUUUCGGAUUAUGCAAGGAAGAUAUUACCUAUGGUCGCACGACGAAAACUUUCUGUGGCACGCCGGAAUAUUUGGCGCCAGAAGUAUUAGAGGAUAAUGAUUACGGCCGUGCUGUUGAUUGGUGGGGCACUGGUGUGGUUAUGUAUGAAAUGAUUUGUGGGCGUCUUCCGUUUUAUAAUCGAGAUCACGACGUCCUUUUCACACUUAUUCUUGUGGAAGAAGUUAAAUUUCCUCGUAUGAUUUCAGAUGAGGCCAAAAGUCUGCUGGCCGGUCUUUUGGCAAAAGAUCCUAAAAAACGUUUAGGUGGCGGACCAGGUGAUGUAAAAGAAAUUCAAGUACAUCCUUUCUUCGCCAGCAUUAAUUGGACUGAUUUGGUGCAGAAAAAGAUCGAACCGCCAUUUAAACCUCAAGUAACUUCAGAUACGGAUACACGUUACUUUGACAAAGAAUUCACAGGCGAAAGUGUUGAACUGACACCUCCUGAUCCCACGGGUCCUCUGGGUUCAAUUGCAGAAGAACCACAUUUUCCACAAUUUAGUUAUCAGGAUAUGGCCUCUACAUUAGGUACUUCAUCACACAUCAGCAACUCAGCUAGUUUGGCAUCAAUGCAAUAGAAAAGAGUGCAAUGCAUUUGAUUACAAUUCAACAAUACACCUAUUGCCUAUGCCAGCAACUACAACAACAGCAAAAUAUAUUAGCCGUGUUCACGUCUAAACAAAAAUCGUCCAACGUUUUCAACGAUCCUAUUUUCUUUCGUAAACGUUGGAUCGCAUUUUAAUAUCCUAAAUAACAAUUAUGACAAACAAAACUAUAAAGCAACCACUACCAUUAAUUAAACAAAAACAACAACAAAUAAUUAAUUCAAUGAAAGUAAACAAACACUGCUACUCCAAAAAACAAAAAAAACUAAUAUUUACAGAAGAUUUGUUCGCUCGCACCGAAUAAAGUCAUAAAGGCCAAAUAGAUCUAUUUCUUACACUUUUAGCAUCAAAAUAAACUAUAAAUUUAAAAAUAAAUGGAAAAAAACUACCAGGUAAUUUGAUUUCUUAGGCCCCUCCACAAAUUGGUCAACUGUCAACUUGGUAGACAGACAUCUGUUGGAGUCUAUGACCUUCUUUGAGGCGAUCAUUCAAAUAAUUUAUUAUUCAUUGUUUAUACAAAACAAAUCACAAAUAAUAAACCGAAUAGAAGAAAAUUAAUUGUACAUACAUACACACAAACAAUAUGAUUUCAAUAAAAACAUGAAAUGUAUGUAUGUAUUUAAAUCGAAACAUUUGGAAGAAUAAAAUGAAAUGAAUAUAAAAAAAGAUGAAAAAAAUUAAAACAAAAAAUUAAAAACUAUAACAAGUUAAUUAAAUUUAUAUUAUAAAAAAAGCAAAAAUACAUAUAACAAACCGACAGACAGUUGCAUUAUAUACAUUAUUAUAUACUACUUACAAUGGCGCUUUAAAAGGCAAAGCAACCAACCAAGGAAUAUUUUUUAUUUUAAAAGUUUUGCAAAUUAACUACAUACAUACAUCCAUACAUACAUAUGUGUAGAGACAUUUUAAUGCAUUCAAAAUCCAUUAAAACUGAUCUACUUUUUUCCCAAAAUAACAAAACGAAUAUAACAAAUAACAUAUAAUAAUAAUAAUAAUAAAUAAAUAGAAGAUGAUUAUGAAUUUGUAAAAUUGCAUUCAUCGCUAUUAUAACGGAUAGACAAGGCAUUCUUUGUUUGGUUUUUUCUUAUAACUUCUUAUUUUCAUAUAAAGCGUAUGUAUGUAUAUAUCAUUUGUAUCUUAUUUCAGUUUCGAUUGAUAGUUAAUUAUCUUAAACGAAUUUAGUUUGAUUUAAAAUCCGAGAAAAGUUUUAUGAAAACUACAAUAAUCAAACAUAAUUUAAUAAUAAUUUAGAAGCAAGCAAACAACCAAGCAAGCUAACAAAUGCCGACAAUGUUUAUGUAUAAUUGAUUGCUUUUUCUUUAGUAAAAAUGUAAAAAUUUCAUUUAGAAGUAUCUUCGCGGUUGGUUAUACUACCUACAUCUUACAUACUUACAUACAACCUAAUAAUAAUAAUACACACAGUAAAUAGUCAACAACAAACUAUUCAGUAUAUAAUAAACUAUGUACUUGUUAUUUCACAGCAUUUAAGAUGAAAUAAAAAAUUUUUUUUAAAAAAAAUCAUAAUAUAAACACAAACAUGUUAUUAAUUUUUUGUUUUCAAUUAAUUUUUAUAAUAAUUUUGUUCUCAAUCGUCGAAACCGUUACCUAUAAUAUGCCAAUAAAGAAAGAAACAAUUAAGGAAUAAAGGAUUUUGCUUUUUACUUUCAAUGUACAAUCUAAUCUAAAUAAAUAAAUUAACAACGAAACUAUGUUCCACUAUAGAAUAAACAAACAAAACAAACAAUUAAUCAACAACAAACAAACAAUAGCUGUUAUAUUAACAGUUGAAUUACUACUACUACUGAUCCAUACAAAACAAAAUAAAAAAUAAAACAGAAAUACAUAACUGUAAUAAUCAAUCAUCUAUAAACCAUUAUCAUUAGGGAAGGAUGGAUAUUCCUCCAACACUACACGCACCAAUUUAUAACAACCGAAUCCUCCUGCUCCUUCACCCCUCCCCUCCGCUCCGCAUACUCCCUAAAAAUGACUAGUUUUAAGCUCAGUUUUAUAUAUAUUUUAUUACUAAAAGAAAACUUAAACACAUGAUUAAAAAAUUUCAUUAUAAAUAAAUAGAAAAAGAGGUCGUACUCUAAGAAAAAGCAAAAUCCUUUUGUUUGAUUGAUUGAUUGAUUAAUUAAUUGAAUGCAACAAACUGUACAACCAACCAUCUUUAAUUAAAAAGUGUGAUGUUUUCUUUUGAACUACAUAUUUUAGUUUUAACAAUAAUUAUUAUUUUUAUGUUCUUUUAAUUACUACAAAGGAUUACUUUUUUCGUUAUUAAAACAAUUUUAAAUUUUUAUUUGACAUUGUAAACAUUUUCAUAGGGUUUUUAUAGCAAAAAUUUACCUAAAUACAAAUAAAAUAACAAAAAACAAUACAUAAAAAAUAGUUUAAUAAUAAAGUAUAAUAAAAACACAAACAAAAAAUAGUUUAAUAAUAGAAAUAAAUCAUUUUUUUUUUUUAACUAAUAACUAAUGAAAAUAAUAAUAAAAUAAAAAAAAAUAUAAUUCAUCAACAAUAGUUACCGACUUCCUUCUCUAAUAAGAAUAAGAAGUUUUGCAGUUUUAGUCAUGUAAGUCAUAUUAAAGAAAAUAUAUACACUACUUUAUUAUUUUUUUUUUAUAAAAAAGUGAAAAAUGGAAAUGCUGUUUAAGAAAUGUGUAAUGCUUUUUUUUUGUAUUAAUGAUUUAUUGGUAUCAAAGCCUGUUCGUUUGCGUACUUUUAUUUUAAAAAAUUCCAGUAUAACUCGCUUUUCUGCAUUAAAAUUUUUCAAUAAUAGUAAAAUGAAUUAAAAAAAAAAAUCAUAAAACAUUUACGAACAGUCUCAAUACAUAUUUAAUUUUUUAUUUGUUUUACCUUUUGUACUAAUUUUAAUAAAUAUACUUGUUUAUACAUACAUGAAAAACAAUACGAUUUAAUAAUUCGAUGAAAAAAAAAAACAAAAAACAAAUGAGAAAUGUUGAGAGUUUCGGAGAAGAGAAAUACAGAUCGAAAAAUAACAUUAUUAAAUAUGUAGAUAACAUUUUAUCUAUGUAAUAAUUUAUACAUAUUAUAUACUUUAUACAAAUAAAAUAUAAGAUUUAAAAAAUAAUAAAAACAAAAAUAAAAAAGUAAAGAAAAAUAAA